CGACCGCACUCGGAGCCGGAGCCCGAGCCCGCGCGGAGCCGCCGCCCGGGGCGCUCGGUCAGCCUCCGGGACACCGGAGCGGGGCGCCACGCCGCCGCCGCCACAGGUUUGAAAAGAGCCAAUUCUAAACCACAGAUAUACAAGAAGGCCAUUUUCUCAAACAAGAGUCAUCCUUUAACAAAAUUACCAUGGUUGACACGGAGAUGCCAUUUUGGCCCACCAACUUUGGAAUCAGCUCCGUGGAUCUUUCCGUAAUGGAUGACCACUCCCACGCCUUUGACAUCAAGCCCUUCACCACUGUUGAUUUCUCCAGUAUUUCCACUCCACACUAUGAAGACAUUCCAUUCGCAAGAGCUGACCCAAUGGUUGCUGAUUAUAAGUAUGACCUGAAGCUCCAAGAUUACCAAAAUGCAAUCAAAGUGGAGCCUGCAUCCCCACCUUAUUAUUCUGAAAAGGCUCAACUAUACAAUAAGCCUCAUGAAGAGCCUUCCAACUCCCUCAUGGCAAUUGAAUGCCGUGUCUGUGGAGAUAAAGCUUCCGGGUUUCACUAUGGAGUUCAUGCUUGUGAAGGAUGCAAGGGUUUCUUCCGGAGAACAAUCAGAUUGAAGCUUAUUUAUGAUAGGUGUGAUCUUAACUGUCGGAUCCACAAAAAAAGUAGAAAUAAAUGUCAGUAUUGUCGCUUUCAGAAAUGCCUUGCUGUGGGGAUGUCUCAUAAUGCCAUCAGGUUUGGGCGGAUGCCACAAGCCGAGAAGGAGAAGCUGUUGGCAGAGAUCUCCAGUGAUAUCGACCAGCUGAACCCAGAGUCUGCUGAUCUCCGGGCCCUGGCAAAACACUUGUAUGACUCAUACAUAAAGUCCUUCCCGCUGACCAAAGCAAAGGCGAGGGCCAUCUUGACAGGAAAGACAACAGAUAAAUCACCAUUUGUUAUCUAUGACAUGAAUUCCUUAAUGAUGGGAGAAGAUAAAAUUAAGUUCAAACACAUCACCCCCUUGCAGGAGCAGAGCAAAGAGGUGGCCAUCCGCAUAUUUCAGGGCUGUCAGUUCCGCUCAGUGGAAGCUGUGCAAGAGAUCACAGAAUAUGCCAAAAGUAUUCCUGGUUUUGUAAACCUUGACUUGAAUGACCAAGUAACUCUCCUAAAAUACGGCGUCCAUGAGAUCAUUUACACAAUGCUGGCUUCCUUGAUGAAUAAAGAUGGGGUUCUCAUAUCGGAGGGCCAAGGAUUCAUGACAAGGGAGUUUCUAAAGAGCUUGCGAAAGCCCUUUGGUGACUUUAUGGAGCCCAAGUUUGAGUUUGCUGUGAAGUUCAAUGCACUGGAAUUAGAUGACAGUGAUUUGGCAAUAUUUAUAGCCGUCAUUAUUCUCAGUGGAGACCGCCCGGGUUUGCUGAAUGUGAAGCCCAUUGAGGACAUACAAGACAACUUGCUGCAAGCCUUGGAGCUCCAGCUCAAGAUGAACCACCCCGAGUCCUCUCAGCUCUUUGCCAAGCUGCUCCAGAAAAUGACAGACCUCAGACAAAUUGUAACAGAACAUGUGCAGCUAUUGCAAGUAAUAAAGAAAACAGAGACAGACAUGAGUCUUCACCCACUCCUACAGGAAAUAUACAAGGACUUGUAUUAGCAGAGAAGUCCUAAUUCACUGACAACGUUUUCCUUCUUCCAAUUGCACUAUUGAGAGAAGAUCUGACACCUAAAAAAUUUACUGUGAAAAAGCAUUUUAAAAAGAAAGGGUUUAGAAUAAUAGAUCUAUUUUAUGCAUAUUGUUUAUAAAGAUACAUUUACAAUUUACUUUUAAUAUUAAAAAUGACCACAUUAUGAAAUUGGU